UCCUGUUUACACCGGAAGCGACGUAAACGGAAGUGUUUUUCAAACUCAAAGAUGGCGGAAGAGGAGAAUUCACUUGGCGAGUUUGAAGAAAUCGACUUUCUAAAAGAUCGCCAUGUACGGUUUUUCCAGAGAUGCCUUCAAGUAUUACCGGAGCGAUAUUCCUCAUUGGAGACCAGCAGGUUGACCAUUGUGUUUUUUGCCCUUUCUGGCCUUGAUGUUCUGGAUGCUCUGGAUGUUGUAGACAAGCCCAGUCUGAUCGAGUGGAUUUACUCACUGCAAGUCCUGCCCACAGAAGACCAAUCUAACCUCGGUCGCUGUGGGUUCCGAGGGUCAUCACAUUUAGGAGUUCCAUACGACCCCUCCAAGGGCCCCGGAACAGCCCACCCGUAUGACAGCGGUCACAUCGCGAUGACGUACACCGGCCUGGCCUGCCUGGUCAUCCUGGGAGACGACCUGGGCCGGGUCAACAAGGAGGCCUGCCUGUCCGGUCUGAAGGCCCUGCAGCUGGAGGACGGCAGUUUCUAUGCCGUCCCGGAGGGAAGCGAAAACGACAUGCGGUUUGUGUACUGUGCCUCCUGCAUCUGCUACAUGCUGGACGACUGGUCUGGCAUGGACGUGAAGAAAGCCAUCGACUACGUCCGCCGGAGCAUGUCGUAUGACAACGGUAUUGGUCAAGGAGCUGGGCUGGAAUCGCACGGCGGCUCCACGUUCUGUGCCGUGGCCUCCCUGUGCCUGAUGGGAAAGCUGGAGGAGAUGUUCUCGGAGAAGGAGCUGAACAGGAUACGGCGCUGGUGCAUCAUGCGCCAGCAGAACGGCUUCCACGGACGGCCCAACAAGCCCGUCGACACGUGCUACUCCUUCUGGGUGGGCGCCACCCUGGAGCUCCUAGAUGUCUUCCAGUACACUAACUUUGAAAAGAACCGGCGCUACAUCCUAUCGACUCAGGACCGCUUGGUGGGGGGUUUCGCAAAAUGGCCGGACAGUCACCCAGACGCCCUCCACGCCUACUUCGGGAUCUGCGGCCUGUCUCUGAUCGGGGAGUCGAGCCUGCGGAGGGUGCACCCCGCCCUGAACAUCAGUGAGCGGGCCUUGGAGUGCCUGCGGCAGCUGCACCGGGCCUGGAGAGGGACCUGCACAUGACGGCUCGCCCCCUCGCCCUCGCACCCCCCCGCUACCGCCUCCGCCACCGCCUCCGAGCCAUGAGAAUACCCCCCCCCACCCCACCUUUCAGCCCUCCCUCUCCCACUAACCUUAGCAAUAGCAACAAUAGCAGUUAGCCUGCGCAGGAGUUUUGAGUCUCUGUGAAACGAGGGGGAUGAUGAAUAAAUGAUUUGUUGUCGGGGGAGGGGGUGGGGGGUGAGGUCGGGGGCGUCUUCAAUAAUUGAAAAGAAACUGGCGGACUAGACGGCGAAGGCGGAUUCUGUUUGGAUUCACAGGGAGGAACGUCUUUCAGAGGAACGUCUUUCAGAGCUGCUUCUUGGUUACAUUUGACAGGCCUUCAGUUUUUAUCCCCCCCCCCCCUCCGUAAGAAAGUGGUCUUCGAGCAAAAGCCAAGCGAAUUUCCCAGUUUUGUUUGAUUCACAGUCCAGCGCUCAAAUGUAUUUCCUAAACGUGUUCGAGUACUUCCGUUUGCCUUGAGUUUAACAUUUUCUUUUUUUGUUUGAAUGUUUACAUACAAAGUUUUUUUUGCUUUACCGAUUUAACUGCUCUCGUGUUUGUUCAGAUGAGUUUAGAAGUGGAAAAAGUGGGGGGAGGGGA